AUGUCUGCUGGCGCAGCUGUUAUUGCUCGAACAGUAGUCGGUAUCAUAGGUAACAUCAUAUCAGCCUGCCUAUUCUUGUCUCCAGUUCCAACUUUUGUGCAAAUAUGCAAGAAAGGAUCAGUGGAGCAAUACUCAGCAGUACCAUACCUAGCAACACUCAUAAACUGUUUGGUUUGGACCCUGUACGGCCUCCCCAUGGUGCACCCACACAGCGUGCUGGUAGUGACCAUAAACGGUGCAGGGUGUGCAAUUGAGAUAAUCUAUAUCAUCCUCUAUUUGAUCUACUCUGAUCGGAAGAAGAGGCUCAAGGUCUUGUUGGGCCUCCUCUUGGAACUCAUUUUCAUCGCCCUGCUCACUUUUUUCGCAUUGACUAUGGUCCACACCGUCAAGAAGCGCUCUGCUAUUGUGGGUACCAUAUGCAUGCUCUUCAACAUUACCAUGUAUGCUUCACCGUUGUCUGUCAUGAAAAUGGUGAUCAGCACCAAGAGUGUGGAGUACAUGCCCUUCUACCUCUCAUUGGCCUCAUUUGGUAACGGCGUGUGCUGGACCACUUAUGCGUUCAUCCCUUUCGACCCAUUCAUUGCUAUACCGAAUGGGAUUGGGACAGUGUUUGCCGUGGCACAACUUGUUCUGUAUGCAACCUAUUACAAAUCGACCAAACAGCAGAUAGCAGCAAGGAACGCCAAAGGGGAGGUGAACCUGUCAGAGGUGGUGGUUGGUAACUGUGUCCAAGAAGCCAAUAACAACAAGAACAAGAAGAUUGGUGCUGCCCCCAAUGGUCUUUGAGUUGCAUUCAAA